CCAUCGGUGCGGCGCGUGGAAACUUCUCGUUCGGUGCUCAGAGCAGGCGGUGCGACCUUACUUACGUGUCACGAUCGGUGUAACGAGAAGCAGCAUACUCCCAUGUCUUACACUGGAACAGGAACUUGCAGGUUCGGAAAGCCUGACGUCAUCUCUGCCACCGAGACCAGCCGAAAGGAUAGGGAGGGUGCCUGCAGGCACCCAGCCCCCAGUCGCCGGUCCAGUCGGGGUCCCACCAGGGCCCUGUUGCUGGCCCUGCUUUGUGUCCUCGUUACAGCUGCUAGCGCCAAAUCAAUGCCGAAGUGCAGAAUUCACCCGUUCCACCCGUGGUGUCGAGGUGUGGCUUCCCGCGCCCACCCUGAUCGAGACUCGCUGUCACCUCUGAGCGGAGCCCGGCUCAGCACACUGCUGAGAAAAUACAUCAGAGCCGACAGCAGACGGACAAGAGCCAUGGAGUCACUGAGCGAAUUCUUAAAAGAGGAGAGACCAGCUCUAGCUGAUCCGACGAGAGACAGCGAUACUCUGUUGCGUCGGCUUCUUCGCACGGCAAGGGACUCUCAAAAUGACGGAGCAGUCUUCGGUUGAAGAGGGAAGUGUCAACUGAGAGAUAUAGACAAAAGAGCUCUGAGACAUACGCGUGGUGUCAACAAAGUUACAAUACUCGGAUUCAGUUAUCACCAUGAACCGAUGGGGUUCAUGGGGUAUGAUACAUGGUCAUCAGGUCGAUUAUCAGCGCAUUGAAUGUUUGUUCAUUUUAGAACACCCACACUUUCGUAUACAGUAGAUGAAUACUCCAUGAUUGCGUCGGUGAGCAGAAAAUAAUACUAAUGAUAAAUGACACUCAUUACGGUGCCUAUCAGAAUGUCGAUUGUUUUCCAUUUUUUCAACUGUUUGCAUCUAAGGAUAUUGAUCUCAUUUAUAGACCUAUACUUACUUUGAUGUUCGUAGUAAAAGCUGCCUUCGAGCACAUAAGUAUUUAACAGUUAAUUACCUGCAUCAAAAACAGUGUUUAAUAAGGAUAAGGACAAACAGUUGAGGUGAUAAGCAGGCAUAAGCAAUUUUUGGACAAACAUAUAUUUAUAACUCGCAGUCGCUAUGUCAUAAGUGUAGAUCCUUCCAAGAAUAUUGUAUUUAGUUUAAAAUAUUUAAUAACUGUGUGUCAUGUGUCAAUAACUUUACUGCCACUCUGUAGGUCAUUCAGCAGUAAGCGAACAAAGACAACACACUCUAGUUCCGCCCAAGCACGGCUGAUCACUCAUCUUUUAUUGCUGUGCAUUUGCAUAUUUUUUAGUUGUAUUUUUACAUGCAUUUAAGCCAGAGGCAUGAUUAGAACAGAAAAUGGCAAUUUUCUAUCUUAUUUUUAUCAUACUUACAAUUACGUGCAUCUUCAGUUAUGUGCUGUUGGCUUGUUUCUAUUUUAAUGUUGCUUGAUGCCAAUGCAACAAAUAUACAGCAUGGAUGCAACUCUCAUCACAGCGAACAUGUAUGCAUGCAAAAGCGCGCAAGUGUUGACCUGAGCACAAGUUAAUUGUUGCUAGACAUUGUAGCAGUGUUAUACGAGGUAGCAGUAUGCUCCAUCCACUAUUUUUGCUUUCCAUUUGUAUUUAUUUCUUAUACAACUUUGCACUAGUGUUUAUUUAUUUUCCCAUUGACAGCCUGUUUUUUCUCAGUAUUUACUCUUUGUGAUAAGUGAGAGUUUUACAAUAAUAACCGUGUUGUGUGCCCGUCGUUUCGUAUUUAAAACGCUGUGAUGUGUUAAGUAAUGUUGAUGUUAUCAACGAUCGGUCAGCAGUUUCCUUUUGUGCUGGACUGGAUCGUUAUAUAGUGCGGUGGCGAUAUAUCUGAUGUCUUGGAUAAUAAAUGACCAGUGUGCAUACA